ACCUCUCCUUCACCAUCCCAAUCCCUGGAGCCGUGGGCCUAGCAUCAAACCACUGAACCAACCCCCUGUCCUAUAUCCCUCCACAUAUCCUUUACCCCCACCCCAGCACUCACACAGCCUUUUCCCUACCCCCUGUCCAAACCCCCAUACCCAGAGGACCAUGGACAGCCCCCCCAAGCUGUCUGGCGAGACCCUGAUCGUUCAUCACAUCCCCCUGGUACACUGCCAGGUGACUGGGGGUCGGCAGGGCUACAGCGGAGGAGGAGGGGGGUCCCUGAAGAGAUCGAACCAACCAGAGAACCUGGGCCUGAGCCCCACCACCUCCCUCCCUGAGCGAGAUGUUCUCCAGAGGGAAGCCCUGGUGUACAGCAGCCUCAUCCAGACCUCUACAGGAGGAGGGAGAGGAGGAGGAGGAGGAGGAAGAGGACGAGGGGGAGGAGAGAGUGGAGGACACGGA